AUAGAGAGAGGAGAGAGGAGAGAGAGAGACGCGACGGAAAGUGAGAGAGAGAGAGAAGAAAGAGAGAGUGAAAAGGUUGGUGGUGGUGGUGGCUGUUUGCCAUGGCAACCCUUCCCUCCAUCCUUUCCUCCUCUUCUUCUUCUUCUCUUCUUCCUCUGCACCGUCCCUCUCUACCCCGCUCUCGUUCCUCGCUAUGUUUCUUCCCUCUCCGGUCCUCCUCACCAGCUUCUAGAAAGUUCCAAACCCUAGUUCGAGCUUCCUCUGCUCCUUCUUUCGGCGAUCUCAGCUCCAACUUCCGCUCUUCUCGAUUUGAAUCCUCCAAGAAAUCGGCUCUGUCAAAUUUGAUACACGAGAUAGAACCAUUGGACGUGAGUCUGAUUCAGAAAGAUGUUCCACCGGCCACUGUGGACGCCAUGAAGAGGACUAUCUCCGGCAUGCUGGGCUUACUUCCGUCUGACCAAUUUCAAGUGCUUAUUGAGGCUUUAUGGGAACCCCUAUCCAAGUUGUUGGUUUCUUCUAUGAUGACUGGGUAUACAUUACGAAAUGCUGAGUAUAGGCUUUGCCUAAAAAAAAAUUUUGAUGCUUGUGAAGAAAAUCUUGAAAAAGAAAGGAUGGAAAGUUCUAAAUUUGAUGUACAAGGAAUGUUGCGUGAAAGCGCUAGUACAAUCAAACCAUCUGCAAAAGAUGAGCUAUCAUCUAAAUCUGGAAAGAUCUGUGUAGAUCCUUCUAAGAAUAAUGAAAAACAAGGCCUUGGUGAUAUGUCCCCUGAAGCUCAAGAAUAUAUUCAGCAGUUGCGGUCACAGUUAUCGUCUGUUAAAAAGGAGCUCCACGAAGUUAAAAGGAGAAGUGCUGCUCUCCAGAUGCAGCAGUUUGUUGGAGAAGAAAAGAAUGAUUUACUGGACUAUUUGAGAUCACUACAACCAGAAAAGGUAGCAGAGUUGUCAGAACCUACAUCUCCUGAACUGAAAGAAAUGAUCCACUCAGUUGUCCAUGGUCUUCUUGCAACCCUAUCUCCAAGAAUGCAUUCCAAGGUGCCUCCGCUGUCAGAGAAUACCACGACUGGAACAGUGAGUGCGGAGGGUGGAGAUUGUGCUGAAAUUGUUGAAAACACUUCGCUUCAAUUUCAGCCCCUUAUUUUGUUGACUCGAGACUAUCUUGCAAGACUACUCUUCUGGUGCAUGCUAUUGGGACACUACCUCAGGGGACUUGAGUAUCGAAUGGAGCUAAUGGAACUUCUAUCCCUGAGAAGCGAUUCUGAAGGUGAUACAGAUUAUGGCAAGCAAGCUGCUUGAGAGUUUUCAAAUUGUUACACAUGUCUUAAUCCUUUUAUUCUCUAUUUGAUUUUCAGUGGUGCAAGCCGCUACAUUUUUACCAUCUUUGCUCUCAUUGUGUCCAAAAUAAUACGCGUUGAUCAUGCUUCGUUUAAGUUUAUAUAAUUAAUGUUAUCGUUGUUUUCUGAGAACGUGAUGAUAUGGUCGAUUUUCCCUCUGGCUCUGGGCAAAAACAAAUCUGAAACAAAAGUUAAGAAUGAUCGCGUUGACUUCCUUGUAUGACAUUGUUCUACUCGACCAUGUAUAAUUAGAAUAUUUUUCUUUUCCAUG